UAUCAAAGUGACGAUGUCUUCUACACUUGUAGUCCUUGCCGCAUCAUUGGCCUUCGUUGUCUGCUUACAACACAUCGAGGCCUAUCCAUUAUCUGACUGCGGUGAUGAACUCCCUUACAGUAUAGAGGUUCCAGCUUCAAAAUCAAACUAUCUGCCGCUUUUCCCUACUACAUGGUCAAUGCAGUACCAGUCAUCAACACCACCUCCACCCUCUGGAUAUAAUAUGCUAGCACCUGAAUCUUCUCCACCACCGGUUCCACCCCUAACUUACAGCCCAGCACCCGUUUACAGUCCUCCACCCCCACCACUAGCGUACAGUCCAAUACCAGCAUACGGUCCUCCAUCUCCAACCUACAGUCCAGCGCCAGUUUACAACUCUCCACCUCAAACCUACAGUAUACCAGCACCUGUCUAUGGUACAUCACCUUCAGCCUAUAGUUCAGCACCAGCCUACAGUCCAGCACCAACCUACAGUGUACCAGCACCAGUGUACAGUGCUCCGAACCUUGCCUAUGGACCACCACCUUUAGCUUACAGUCCAACGCCAACCUACAGUGCACCAGUACCAGCAUCGUCACCAGCAACAGCAUCUUCUUACCCAGCUCCUCCAUUUAUACUUUAUACUACAUCUGCACCUAAAAAGCCCUUGAAGACUAAGGUGGACAGAAUGUUUCUACCCACCGAUUGCAAAGUUCAUACUAGCUCCUCUAACUGUGAUUGCGGAAAAUAUUAAACGAUAGGGCUUCUUCUGAUAAGGAGGAAAAUAAUUCGUAUGUAACCAUA